AUGGCUCCUAGCCUUACCCAUCUCUAUCUCUCAUUUGGACACUUUCUAGCCGGUAUUUUGUUAUGCAAAAUGGAUUCCCUUGUCAAAGCAAAGAUUUCUGUCUCAGAAAAUAGAAUAUCUGAGGAGACCCAGCGCGAGCUUCUUGGUAGCCUGUGCAAUGUGACAAGUUUAGAGUUGAUUCGUUUUGAAGCAGAGGUGAUGCUGAAUGAUAACUCUGAAUUUCCAAUAUUUCAUAAUCUGCGAACCUUGGACCUUCAUUCCUGUUUUCUUAAUGAAUAUGAACUGACCGGCAAAUUGGAGGCUUUAGCGAGCUUUCUUCAGAAUGCACCUUGUUUGGAGAAGCUUAGUUUGCACUACUGCAUGUUCUACUCAUUUCCUGAUUCGGAGUGGGAGAUAGAAAGGAAAAACAUCACCCUACCCAUCAUGAUGGAAAGAUUCUCCGUUGUCAAAAGCUGA